CCAAUGUGGAUGGUGAUUUGUUUCCUUCUGUAGAAUCUUCGCGCCGUCGGUCCGAGAGAGAUCGCCGGGAGAACAUACGCCGUUUCUCAUAUCCGAUCACUGGCUUGCCGUUUUUUUUCUCAUUGUAAAUAUUGUUUCUGAUUUUUCAAGCCCCUUAUUGAUUCGGGUUUUGUCUUCCAAUAUAGCGGCGUUUUCGAUUCUUCCUCUCCGUCGCUGGAUCGCUUGUUUUUCCUGCAGAAAUGGCUUUCAUGGGCUUAUAGGGUUUCAUUCUUAUACGUUACUAGUCAGUGAGGGCUCUUUGGUUUAGGAUUUUAUUUGGGUUCUCCAGAUUGCAGGUAUGGCUAUCAGGGUUACCGUCUCCUUCUCGGGUUAUGUCGCUCAAAACCUUGCAACCUCUGCCGGAAUACGUGUCGGUAAUUGUCGCGCUGUUCACGAAUGCUGGAUUCGAUCUCGAUUUUUUGGCUCAAAUCAGAAGCCGGAAUUUGACCAUCCCGGUUCAGUCCGCCAUUACCAUUCCGACGUCCUUCCGUCUAAUUCAAGAUGUUGGGUUAAGAAUUCAGCAUCUUCGUUUGGCACUAUCGCUGGAGAAAUUGUUGGUGAAAGCUUUAGAAACCCCAUUGUUCUAGGUUUGAUCUCGAUUAUGAAGUCAACUGUAGUUACUUCCGUUUCCUCGCCAAUGGCUAUGGGUGUAUUCGGUGUUUCUUCCUUCAACGCCGCUUCGGUUAUCCCAUUUUUACAGGGGUCGAAGUCGGUAACGGGAAACGACUCGGUUCCAAGCUCAGCUGGCGGCGAAAUAGAAAGUUAUGGAGUUUUUGACUGCGUAAUGGACGAGGGCAUGAGCCUGCCGCCCAAUCCUCCGCAGUUAGAGAAGAGCAGCUGGAUAUCGCGCUUCUUGAAUAACUGUUCUCAAGAUGCGAAGGCCAUCGUUACAGCUUUGACUGUUAGUGUGCUUUUUCGCUCCUUCUUGGCUGAGCCAAGGUCCAUACCUUCUUCAUCAAUGUAUCCCACCCUUGACGUGGGCGAUCGCAUCUUGGCUGAAAAGGUGUCAUACUUUUUCCGAAAGCCGAGUGUUUCUGAUAUUGUCAUAUUCAAGGCACCUCCAAUCUUGCAGGAGAUUGGUUACAAGUCAAAUGAUGUAUUUAUCAAGAGAAUUGUGGCAAAGGCUGGUGAUUGUGUUGAGGUACGAGAUGGAAAACUCUUGGUGAAUGGUGUUGCUCAAAAUGAGAAGUUUAUCUUAGAGCCACUUUCUUAUAACAUGGAUCCAGUGCUUGUGCCUGAAGGGUAUGUUUUUGUAUUGGGAGACAAUCGCAACAACAGUUUCGAUUCUCAUAACUGGGGUCCACUUCCUGUCGAAAACAUUGUUGGUAGAUCAGUGUUCCGAUAUUGGCCACCGUCGAAAGUUUCUGAUAUCAUGAGUGAUCAAAAUGCAGACAAAGAUGCGGUAGUUUCUUGAUGUUUCACCAUCUGUUGUUUUUAUUUUUAUUUUUUUGCCGAGAUCAGAAUCUGUUUGAUUGAUUUUGAUAUUUGUUCUCAAAUUACAUAUUCAAUUUCUUUUUUGGCCAAGUGCUGAGGGCUGCAGUAGAACAUUGGAUGGAUGGGAAUUAGAUUUAUCUGCAAUUUCUUUGUGGUUGAAACUGUAACCACUACUGUAUUUAGAUUACAUUUGACAUCCACAUUGGCCUGGGAAAAGAUUCAUAUAAAGAUGAGAACGUUUGUUCAUGGUUUUCUCAAGUUUCAUUUUCCCAGUUUGUAUAUAAUUGUGAAUUACAACAUCGGUUUCAUGUAUAUAUUGCAAAAUGUUCUUCAUAUA